AUGAACAAGUUUCUUGCCCUGGUGGCUGUUUGGUUCUUUGUGGUGGGGACUGUGGUUGGUGAUUCUCUCAAGGAGCUUGGCAAUGCUAUCGAUGACAGAGAUGUUCCGGAGCGUGCUGUUUAUCUUGAAUCCGGUCUUCUUCCUCGUGAUGGACAUCUCACUGUCACCAUCACCGAUACCGUAUGUGAGACUCGGGUUCCUCCCACUACUUUGGUCACCGCUCCACAGCCCCCCGCUGUGACUCUCACUUCUGUGGCUCCGCCUACCUCGACCAUCGAGAAUACCCCUGUUCCCUCGGAGUCUCAUAGUGGCCAUACCACUGCGACUGUUCCUCCUGAGCCUUCCUCCAUGUCGACUGCCGAGCACACCCCCGGUACUACUGGCCCUGUCAUCCCGACGAGCACAGUUGUGUCCUCGGGUUCGCAGCCAAGUACUCAUGUGGGCUCUCAGACCACCGGUCCUACUCCAUCGAGCUCGCCUGCGACUUCGGCCGGACACCCAGGUAGCCACUCUGCCAGCUCCCAGACCACGGAGUCGGCGAGCACUGGCACGGCUCCCAGUAGCUCCCAUUCUUCCACUGCACCUCCCCUCUCAAACGAUGCAUUGGCCCAGGGAGGCAUGCAAGGCACACUGCUGGCUCUUGCCUUGACCUUCGUUGGCUUCAUGGCGGUUUAG